GCUGCAAGCUUUGCAGGCAGCACUAGCUUGACUAGCCUCAACCCCAAUCUCUCUUGCACUGCACUGUGACCGCACAGUCAUCACGCACGCCCCUUGCUAAGUCGCUCAUAGUGCUGUGCGCGGUGCGCCUGUGCGUUUGUAGCCUUCCUUUUUGUUCCUAGUCUCCUCAUCGGCCUCCACCCCCCAAAUCAGCUCGUCCCCUUUCUUGGUGCUGCAGCACGAACGCCUCCAGGUCGCCACCUCGGGAUCGCACCCAAAAUCCGAUUUUGAGCUCCCCGGCGAAGAGUUCGGGGCCGCCUCGUCAAGACCCGCCUAGCAGAUCGCCCCAUCGCUCUCGAUUCGUUUGUAAUUUUCUCUUCCUGAUUUUACUAUCACCAGGAAUAUAACAGAAGUUCAGCAUUGAGCAACAGUAUGCCGUGGACUCCCCUGUACUCGUUUUACCGCUCUAGCCGAAAGUCUGUCCGCCUUGUUGUGUUCUUCCGCGUGAUUUUGUAAGGAGGCUGCAUUUACAGAAGAUUCCUUUUCCUUUAUUGGUUCUCUAUUUUUGACAACAUAAGUGUGAAAAGAUUGAGAAUGUAUGUGAAGAUUGAGCUUAAGAGAUUCCGUGUUGUGAAGGAAGUGGGAAGAAUAGUAAUGAACGUUAGGAUCUUUGCUUGCUACCAGUUGAUUGAAGUGUGCCAGGCUGAGUACUUCCGUCAAUUGCUUAAGCCUGUCACGUAGUCUAAACACAGGACCAGGGUUUAGUUUUUCAUCUGUUAUUUUAGCUUCUAUUUUGAUAGAAAGUUGCAACAACAAAUCAGUGCAGUCGUGAUGAUGGCUACCUUGUGGUAGGACAUAUUUAGUCUCCGUUGUUGCAUACUGCAAGCAUAUUUUAGAAUCUUGAUUGUUUUGGGCAGUGUAGCCACUGCACCAAAUUAGGUAGAUUUACAGACAUAAGUGCAUUGGUGUCCAAUAUCUGCCAUCGAUCCAUGCAGAGGGAUCCAACAGAUUUCACUGGAAGCCCCUCCGCUUAUGGGCAUGAAGCUGAUGGUUGUAUUGCAAAUGGACUUUUGGGUGGCCAAUGCAACUACAGGGUUCCUGUUUCACCUGCCUUAGAUGUUCCUUCAGGCAUGGCAAGCCCUCAAAUCCGAAGCCCACUUGGUGUAUUUGAGUUCCAGCCUUCCAAGGUAUGCCCCAGAAACUACAUCAUCUUUGAUCACACUGAUAACAAAGGGUGCAUCGUGUAUCAUCCUGCCUUGGAGAACAAGCUGAACCCCACAAACAUCGAUGUGUUCCCGUACCAUGGUGAGGUAGUUUGCAGGAGUUCUGGCCAAGACAGUGGCAAUAUGGAAGAAGAGUCCUCAUCUUUCAAGGAGGACACAGAAGAGAUCGAUGCACUGCUGUGCUCUGAUGAAGAAAGUGAUGAAGAUGAUGUCGUGAGUACGGGGCGUACUCCUGACCCCUUGGAAAGUGGUCCCUUCGAUUCAACUUCACCGCCCAGGUUUAAGAAAACGAGGCAUUUUUCUGGAAAGAGUUCAGUUUGCCAUAGAUCCAUGGAAAAUCUUACUCAUGAAAAGAUCAGGAAGAUGGUAACAGUUCUUAGGGGAAUAAUCCCUGGUGGAGACCAACUGGAUACUCCUGCUGUGCUGGAGGAAGCUGUUAGAUACCUGAAGUUCCUCAAGAUGGAGGCGAAGAAACUCGGCGUGGAGGGGUCUAAAUAAAAUCUUAAGUUCUUAACGAUCCAUGCUGCAUGUGUGCGUGUGUAUGGACUUAAGUAAAGUCACUGUCAUCAUUGUUACUGGAUUGGCUUUUUCUGGGUGUGGAAGAAAGAGAAGGCAUCCAGCUUUUGCUUCUUUCAGCAAGCCUGAAAAGAUUCUGUUUAUGGGAUUCUGAUGCUUGGUUUUCUGGUACGGUCUUGCCGUUGCCGCACUGUGGCUAUCCCUGCCCCUCAAGGUGCGGUUAGAUCGUGCAGCGAAGCUUUGGAUGGUGCAUCAUGUUGGCUAGCUUCCUUUUGCCAUCUGUGACGUGGAACUUCACCUUUGCUGUGAUCAACCUUGCCUUAGUGAGCACACCACAGAUCACCAUGGGCAGACCCAGCUUAGAGGGAGCGGGGGCACAAGCCCUUGCUCAAAUUCUUGUUUUUCAAUGGACUUCAAUGAACUUAGUUUUUUUUUUUUUUUUUUGAAGUUGCAAAGGUCCAAUCACUGCUAUGCCUUCGCUCAUUUUUUGGGUUUUGGGCUAGAUCUGCCCCUGCAGAUCACUGUACCUUACUGAAGGUUACCAAUGUAUGCCUUUUCAGGCUCUCGCCUUGACGCACUUCUUAAAAUAUGUACAAGCUUGGUUUGCUGCUAUUGUACAGAACAAGGUCAUAUCACUGUAUACUACUGUAUGAAAUGAUGCAGCUUUGGCUUUGUGAAUUGUGUGAGGAAGAAUAUGUCUCGUUUGUUUGCUUUGGA